UGAGUGUAUUGCGUGGAAUAACCAAAUCCUACGGAUUGAACCUCACAUUGUUUUGGGAAAUGUGUUAUUCCUUAAUGGAAUUUUCAUGAAGGCUGGUAAUGUCAAAUUCAUCAACGGUACAGUCUUAUUCCAAUUGACUGUGCAAUCUAAUACUACAAUACAUGUCAUGCAUAAAUUUGGACCAAAUGUUCAUGAACUCAACAUUUUGAACCGAAAUUUACAACUGAUUGAUUUGCAAGAUGUUUGUGGCCAUCGUAAAUGCAUACGUGUGCAAGGAUUCAUUAAGACUAAUUUUGCUGUCGUUCAAAGAGCGGAAGGUCUCCCAUCAUCCUAUUUCGGAGUCAUUGGAGUGGAUGAUUUUUGUCUAGAAAUAAAAAUCACUCAGUCGCAAAAUUCUAAUCAUUCUUUUGAGAUUGGACAAAACGUUGAAAUUCAAGGAUUCAUUCGAAAUACUGGUAAUCAUCCAUAUUACACUUCUCAGCAAUUUUAUCAACGAAAUCCUUUGAAGUGCCAAUCGAAUCAAACUUCUCAUCGUUCACGUAAUGAUUAAGCGAAUCAUAAUCGUUCUACUACUAGUAGUUCUCCACGUCUCAAUACAACUCAUACUAACAGAUCUGCUACUGGUAACUCCUCACGUUCUGGUACAACUAAUACUAGGGGAUCUGCUACUGGUACUUCUGCAUGUCCCAGUACAACUUAUUCUAACAGA